AUGGCCCUAGAAAUCAAAGAGGAUAUGGUGUCUUCUGGUGUCAUUCCCAACAAAUUUACUUGGUCAUCAUUGAUCAGCGCAUGCGCAAAUGCAGGUCUCACGGAACAAGCAAUUAAAUUGUUUGAUGAAAUGCUUCAAACCGGCUGUCAACCCAAUUCACAUUGCUUCAAUACCGUUCUUCAUGCCUGUGUUGAGUCUUGCCAAUUUGACCACGCCUUUCGGCUAUUUUACUCCUGGAAAGAAAAGGGUUUUCAACGAACCACGCCUAAUGACGAGUUUAAUGAUAACUCAAAAAAAACCGUGAAAGCUCCACUUGGACCCACUAUUUUAACAUAUAAUAUCUUGAUGAAAGCGUGUGGCACUGAUUAUCACCGUGCCAAAGCUUUGAUGGACGAGAUGAAGACUUUGGGUCUUUCUCCGGAUCAGAUAAGCUGGUCAAUAUUGAUUGAUAUUUGUGGAGGCUCAAGAAAUGUAAUGGGUGCUGUACAGACCUUGAGAUCCAUGCAUGAGUCGGGUAUUCGACCUGAUGUUAUAGCAUAUACCACAGCCAUUCAGAUCUGUGUAGAACAUAAGAAGCCACAGCUUGCAUUCAUGUUAUUUGAUGAAAUGCAGAAAUACCGAAUAAAACCAAAUUUGGUGACCUACAAUACUCUUCUUAGAGCUCGUAGUGAAUAUGGUUCGCUGCCGGAAGUACAACAAUGCCUUGCUAUAUAUCAGCAAAUGAGAAGAGUUGGGUUCAACAAGCCCAAUGAUUACUAUCUCAAGCAGCUAGUUGAGGAGUGGUGUGAAGGUGUGAAACACAAUGAACAUGUGAACAAAAAACAGUUUGGUUCUCGUUUAACAGAUUAUGGACGUCAGAACUUGUUGCUUGAGAAAGUUGCAGAACACCUGCAAGGUACGGCUGAAAGCCUUUCCAUUGACCUUCAGGGUCUAACCAAGGUAGAAGCACGGAUAGUAGUUCUUGCGGUUCUGCGUAUGAUCAAAGAGAGAUAUAUUGAAGGGAACUCAUUAAAAGACGACGUGAUUAUCAUACUACAGGAAGUUGUCACUCAUCCCAACAGAGAUGAAAACGGAGUUCGAGAAGCCGUGACUCGACUGUUGGAGCAUGAUCUUGGGCUUCACGUGUUUGCAGUGGGUUCCUCCUCGACUCAUUCUCGUUCAGAAUCGGGAAACGUACAUGAAAGAAGCUGGUCAAAACCAGGGUCUCGUAUUAGGAGACCUAUAGUUCUGCAAAGGCUUAAAGUUACUAGAGAUUCCUUGCAUGCCUGGUUGCUAAAAGGGACCCGAUCGACUGCACGUUAA